CAAAGCUAUGACGUAAUCUAUGGGAAUAUCAAUAAAAUAUAUUAGAAACAAAAUUUUAUUCUCCUCUUUCAAGCAAUAUUUUUAAUUGCACUUUACAUUGAAAUUUAAAUUAAUAUCAUUUAUCAAAACACAUAAUUAAAAACACGAACAGUUUAGAACAGGGACGUCAUUAUGGAUAAAUUAUUUAAGGAUAAGGAUUCACUUGAAGAGUUUACAGUAGAGUGCGACAAAAUUAUAAACCAUUUGUUUGACCACGAAGAUUUAGUGCAUCAUAGUAACAAAAUUUUAUUUAAUUCAGUAAGAAAAGAAAUACGCGACAUGAUUUGUAAUACAUGCUGUGAUUUAAAUAAAAUAUCAAAUUAUUUGAACGACAGUGGAUACGAGGAAGAAAAAGUUAAUUAUUUUUUAUCAGCAGUAGAGAAGAAAAAGAACGAGUUGCUCUACUUAAUAUUACUUCAUCAUAAUAGUAAACAAGGUGAAACAGUGGCUUUAUUUGAUUGCGCUCUUAAACUUGUUUGCGGCACCAGUGAGUUGAAGACCUUGAAAUAUCCAAUUCUUCAGCUUGCUUUAACAACUUAUAAUAAUACCGAACAAAAACAGAGAUUGUAUGAUGUUGAUAAAAAUAUGUUAGGGAAACUGAUUGAUCUUUUAGAAAGUAGUAAGUAAUUUAAAUUAAUGAGUCAAACAAUUGUGUUUCAUUUAAAUCCUAUAUACAAGAAUGUCCACUGUAUAUGUGUAUUAAACAGUUCUCAAAGUGCCACUUCCAUCUAUUUAUAGUAAUAUAGGUAAUCUUCUUGAUAA